AUGUUUGGCCGAAAGAGUUCAAGCAGUUCCCCAAAUGUGGACCAGCUGAAGGCCGGCCUGCACGAUGGGCUUCCUGCCAGGGAGCAGGAUCGGCAGACCCAGGCCAGCAGCGCGCUGCGAGGACCCGCGGUGGCUCUGGUCCUACGCGGACCCGCGCGCCCCCAGCCCGGCGGGCGUGCGCGGAGCCGGAGCGCGUGCGCGCGCGAGCCUGGGAACGCUCCCUCCGGGAUCGCGGCUGCGCAGUCGGGCGGGAGCCGGGAAAGGGAGGAGGGCGGAGGAGCGGACGCGGCAGCGGGGGGCGGGGACGUUAGGCCGGUCGUCGUCGUCUGCGGCGGCGCGAGGGGAGCGGCGGCCGCAGCGUGGAGUCGGGCGAUUGUGACCGCCGGGCGAGCAGGGGGCCGGCCGCGGCGCACACUCUCCGUGUGGCCCCCUGAGCGCCCCCCCUCCCCGGCCCGGGAGGGAGGCGGGGGGCACCCGGGGCCCGCCAUGAACCCCGGCUUCGACCUGUCCCGCCGGAACCCGCAGGAAGAUUUCGAGCUGAUACAGCGCAUCGGCAGCGGCACCUACGGCGACGUCUACAAGGCACGGAAUGUUAACACCGGUGAAUUAGCAGCAAUUAAAGUAAUAAAAUUGGAACCAGGAGAAGACUUUGCAGUUGUGCAGCAAGAAAUCAUUAUGAUGAAAGACUGUAAACACCCAAAUAUUGUUGCUUAUUUUGGAAGCUAUCUCAGGCGAGAUAAACUUUGGAUUUGCAUGGAGUUCUGUGGAGGUGGUUCUUUACAGGAUAUAUAUCACGUAACUGGACCUCUCUCAGAACUGCAAAUUGCAUAUGUUAGCAGAGAAACACUACAGGGAUUAUAUUAUCUUCACAGUAAAGGAAAAAUGCACAGAGAUAUAAAGGGAGCUAACAUUCUGUUAACGGAUAAUGGCCAUGUGAAGUUGGCUGAUUUUGGAGUAUCUGCACAGAUAACAGCUACAAUCGCCAAACGGAAGUCUUUCAUUGGUACACCAUAUUGGAUGGCUCCAGAAGUUGCAGCUGUUGAGAGAAAAGGGGGGUACAAUCAGCUCUGUGACCUCUGGGCCGUGGGAAUCACCGCCAUAGAACUGGCUGAGCUUCAGCCUCCUAUGUUUGACCUGCACCCAAUGAGAGCGUUAUUUCUAAUGACAAAAAGUAAUUUUCAGCCUCCUAAAUUAAAAGAUAAAAUGAAGUGGUCAAAUAGUUUCCAUCAUUUUGUGAAAAUGGCACUUACCAAAAAUCCAAAAAAAAGACCUACUGCUGAGAAGUUGCUACAGCACCCUUUUGUUACACAGCCUUUGACACGAUCCUUGGCAAUAGAGCUGCUGGAUAAAGUGAAUAAUCCAGAUCAUUCCACUUACCAUGACUUUGAUGAUGACGAUCCUGAGCCCCUUGUUGUUGUACCACAUAGAAUUCACUCAACAAGUAGAAAUGUGAGAGAAGAGAAAACACGCUCAGAGAUAAACUUUGGUCAAGUGAAAUUUGACCCACCCUUAAGGAAGGAGACAGAACCACAUCAUGAACUUGUAAGUAGCAUUGUCUUGCAAUGUUAACACUGAAAAUAAAUGUUUUUAAUUUUUCUUUGUGAUAAAUUGGUACUGAGUUAAAAAAAAAAACUAGUCA